UGAAUCGUGUUAGUUGAUUCGCUCGCGACUCUCGCGAGUUUUCACAAGUUUUCCUUCCACUUGGGAACGACAAUGGCGUCUCUCGGGGGUCUCGUCCGUCUUGUAACGAGAAAUGCCGGGGUGUUGGGUAACGUUUCUCGCUCGGGGAUCCGUCGGACCGCGAUGACAUUCUCCGUUAAUCACCGGGCGUCGCUCACGGCGACGGAGGACCGCUCACGGAGUAUCUUACCUCAGGUGAAACCUGUUCGGCCAAUGCUGUGCUACUCGACCACGUCUCAGAAGCAGUCGAUAAAGCAGAUAGAGGAACGUGUCCUAAAAGUCGUUGCCGCCUACGACAAGAUAUCGGCAGAUAAGGUUAGGGCAAACCAGGUGCGCCACUACAGCGCCAAGGCACCCAUGACGCUCGAGCUUAUACGCGAACGUGUCAUCCUCGUUCUCAAACUCUAUGACAAAAUUGACCAUGCCAAGUUGGAUUUGAAUUCCCAUUUCAUAGAAGACCUUGGUUUGGAUUCACUGGAUCAUGUGGAGGUGAUAAUGGCUAUGGAGGAUGAGUUUGGUUUUGAAAUCCCCGACAGGGAUGCGGAGAGAUUGACAAAGCCGGCGGAAAUUGUACGGUACAUUGCAGACAAAGAAGAUGUAUAUGAAUAAUAAGCUGCACUUUUACCUGCCUUGCAUUUGGCAAUUAUCACCUAGUUUAGUCAUUGCGCUCGUCGCGAUCUACCUUCAAAUGGCCGCUGCUUACACGAGCGUUGUGCUGAUCCUGUAUAUAGAAUAAUGGCCGUUAUAUAAAUAAAAUAAAUUGCGACUUUAUAAUUUA